AUGGAAGCUACCCCGAUGGAGCCGAAUGGCACGGGCGAAUCAGGUGCGGCUAUGGAACGCAACAAAGUUUCGACCAAAGGAAAGGCCAGCAAGAAGGCGCCACCCAUGGCGAAGUCAGUAGCGACGGUGUCGACAAACGGGAAGACGAAGUUAAAUGCAACGCCCAAGAUCACCACAACAGUGUGGCAGUUUCCGAACACUGCUGCAGACGGUGAGCAAUCCCUGCCCGAUGCGUGGAGCGAAGCCCGCCAUGAGUUGUUGCAACGCAUUCAAUUGGCCUAUCCAAGCGUUUCGGAGGAAGAAACCAAGGAUCACCCGACCACGAACGUCGCCAAGCGUACGAAAAGUGCGUUGAGCAGCAGGAUGCAUCGGAGCCAAAACAAACAAGCUGUGUUGGAUGGGCAAAGGUUAUACCGAGAGAAACAGCGCGUCGUGAAAUCAAAUUUGGCCGCCUCUGCUGCGAAGAAGAAGGAGUAUCGGCAAACCAAGCGUGCGAAGAAAUCUCAAAUGCGUCAAGCUGAUGAACAACCACAGGUGAAAGACUUCCUGAUGGAGUAUGUGAAAGCUGAGCAUCCAAUCAUACAAGAACGACCGGAGCUGAGCCGUGGAGAGAUGGCUGAUUUGGACGUUGAGCUCAACCCGCGUCCAUCUCAACCAUUGAACGAUUCGGAAGCACUACAAGAUGAAAUUGAUUUCGUCGAGGGGGUGCUCGACGACAUCAACCUUCUUCUGACGCUAGAGCUGUAUUCUUUUCAACCACUGGAAGACCCUACGGCCAUUCAUGGUGAGGUUCAAUUCAUCGAGGAGGCCCUCCACGACAUUGACCUUGGCGAAGAUCCACCGUGCCUUCCUCAUGAUCCCGUCCAAGAUGCGAUUUAA